ACCCACCCACCUCUCCCUCUACUCCAACACCAACCAUCCAUGGCUCUCGUCCGCCAGCGCCGCCAGCUCCCGCACCUCACCCUCCCGCUCGACCACUUCGCCCUACGCCCACCACCCGCCCCGCCCGCCGCCGUCCCACCGCCAACCGACGCGCCCCGCCUCUCCGACUACGAGCGGCUCUCCCUCCUCGGCCAGGGCAACGGCGGCACCGUCUACAAGGCGCGCCACCGCCACACCUCCCACCCCUACGCGCUCAAGCUCUUCACCGCCGACGACCCCUCCGCCGCCCGCGAGGCCGAGAUCCUCAUGCUCUCCGCGGGCAUCCCUCACAUCGUGCGGCUCCACGCCGUCAUCCCCUCCCCAGCCGCCGAGCAGCCCGCCGCGCUCGCCCUCGAGCUCCUCCCCGGCGGCUCCCUCUCCGGCCUCCUCCGCCGGCUCGGCCGCGCCAUGCCCGAGCGCCCCAUCGCCGCCGUCGCCCGCCAGGCCCUCCUCGGCCUCGACGCGCUGCACGCGCUCCGCGUCGUGCACCGCGACCUCAAGCCCGCCAACAUCCUCGUCGGGGCGGCCGGCGAGGUCAAGAUCGCGGACUUCGGGGCCGGCAAGGUGCUCCGGCGCCGGCUCGACCCCUGCGCGUCCUACGUCGGCACGGCCGCGUACAUGUCGCCCGAGCGGUUCCACCCCGACGCAUACUGCGGCGACUACGACCCCUACGCCGCCGAUGUGUGGAGCCUCGGCGUCGCCGUCCUCGAGCUCUACCUCGGCCACUUCCCGCUCCUCCCCGCCGGCCAGCGCCCCGACUGGUCCGCGCUCAUGUGCGCCAUCUGCUUCGGGGACGCGCCCGAGGCGCCCGCCGCCGCGUCCGAGGAGUUCCGGGACUUCGUCGCGCGCUGCCUCGAGAAGAAGGCCGGCCAGCGCGCGUCCGUCGCAGAGCUGCUCUUGCACCCGUUCAUCGCCGGCCGGGACGCGGACGAGGCGCAGCGAUCCCUCGCCGCGCUCGUCGCCGAGGCGGCGGACCUCGGCGACCAAUAG